UAAAAUCAAAAAAAAAUAUAAUUAAUAAUAAAUAAUUAAAUUUAAAAUGGAGGAUCAAUAUGAUUUUGAAGCAUUUAAAAAAUCAAAUAAACAUCAAUAUAUAAAACAAGAUAUAUCUAAUAUAUCUUCUAAUGCUACAGAGACAACAUAUCUUAUAUCUCCAUCAGCUAAAAAGAAUAUAAAAAAUUAUGGGGGAAUCCAACAAUAUUCUACGGUACCACAGUUAAAUGAAGAUAAAUUUUCGUCAUUUUCUAGGACGAAGAUGUUUUGUAGUUCAUUUCACAAGAAAUUUUCAAAAAAGAUCUUUAAUAGAGCUUUUGAAGAUGAAGAUCAUAGAAAUUUAAAUGGCGAACAUAUUUGGUACGAUAAUUAUAAUGCAAUUGAUUGGAUUCAUGAUACUAUUAAGGAUGCAACAAGAGCAAAAAAGCUUCGAUCAAUUAGGGGAAUUAGAGGUUGGAUAAGGAAUACAUUUGAUGCUAGUCAAGGAUGGAUUCUUGUAUUUUUUACUGGAUUUAUUACUUCGUGUCUUGCUUAUGUAAUAGAUGUUGUAGAAGCUAUAUUUUUUGAUUGGAAAUUUGGUUACUGUUCAGACAAUUGGUGGAGCAAUAAAGUAAAGUGCUGUAAAUCAUUUGAUGGAAAGUUGCAUGGGAUUUUAUUAAGUUUUAUAACUGGUAAUAUAGAUGAUCUUGUAGGGUGCAAACAGUGGAAUACCUGGGGAAAACAUUUUAAAUUUCCGGAAAAACAACAACACAUCGUUGAUUAUCUUGUUUACAUUGCAAUAGCAUUAUUUUUUGCGCUAAUAUCAGCCCAAUUAACUAUGACUACUCGUACAACUUUUCCUGUAUCAAUGAAAAAUUCAUCAGAAAAUUUAUCUCAAAAUAACUCAACAAAGAAAAAAAAUAACUCUAAAGUAGAAAAAGUAGCGUAUAUGGCAUCUGGUAGUGGUAUCCCAGAGGUAAAAACAAUCCUUUCAGGAUUCACUAUUCAUAAAUUUCUUGGGCUUCGGACAUUAGUUGUAAAGGUGGUAGGACUAACUCUGAGUGUUGCUUCUGGCCUUAAUUUAGGAAAAGAAGGACCAUUUGUACAUAUUGCUUGUUGUAUUGGAAAUAUUGCAUGUCGAUUAUUUAAUAAAUAUAAUUAUAAUGAUGGAAAAAGAAGAGAAUUAUUGAGCGCAGCAUCGGCAGCAGGUGUAGCUGUGGCAUUUGGUGCACCAAUUGGAGGGGUUCUGUUUAGUCUUGAGGAAGUGUCAUACUUCUUCCCUUCAAAGACUAUGUGGAGAAGCUUUUUUUGCGCAAUGGUAGCAGCAAUAACUUUAAAAAUUCUUAAUCCCUAUGGAACAGGAAAAGUCGUCUUAUUAGAGACCCAUUAUAGCCAUGAAUGGCAUUAUUUAGAGCUUAUUAUUUUUUUAUUCUUAGGUCUUUUUGGAGGUCUAUAUGGUAGUCUAUUUUGCAAAUUAAAUAUACGCUGGGCAAAGACAUUUCGAAGAUUAAGUUUUAUAAAAAAGCAUCCUACCUUCGAAGUUUUUAUAGUCACUCUUCUUACUGCUAUUAUUUCAUAUCAUAAUCCAUAUACAAAACUUGGUGGAACUGAAUUAGUUUCCCAUUUACUCAAAGAAUGCAACAAUAAUGAACUAAAUGAAGGAUUAUGUCCGGAAAAUAAGCUAAUGAUCCCAAAAGUGACAAUGCUUCUUAUAUUAGCACUGAUUAUUAAAGGAUCUUUUACAAUUGUGACAUUUGGUACUAAAAUUCCAGCAGGGAUAUUUAUUCCAACAAUGGCUGUUGGCACAUUAUUUGGAAGAUUUGUUGGUCUGAUUGUGCAAUUUUUUUAUUAUACAUAUCCUAGUGCAUAUAUUUUUUCAAAAUGUCCUUUGGGUGAUCCAAACGAAUGUAUAGUUCCAGGUGUUUAUUCUAUGGUUGGAGCAGCAGCUACUUUAGCAGGUGUAACUAGAAUGACAGUUUCAUUGGCUGUAAUCAUGUUUGAAUUAACUGGAAGUCUUUCAUAUGUUAUGCCAUUCAUGCUAUCUAUUCUUGUGUCAAAAUGGGUUGCUGAUGCUAUAGAGCCGCAGGGAAUAUAUGAUCUUUUAAUAGAUCUAAAUGAAUAUCCUUAUCUCGAUACUAAAUCCAAAUAUACGUUUUCAUCUUAUUUGUCCGAACUUUUACCACCUCCAAUAACAGUUUAUCAUACAACAAUUGACUUAUCUUUUAAUUCUACUGUAUCAUAUACAAAACUUAGAGAUAUGCUGGAAUACGUUAAGAAUGAGGGAUAUAUUGAUGGAGGAUUUCCAAUUGUUUAUAAUAAAACUCUUAUUGGAUAUAUUGCUGCACAUGAAUUAGAACAAGCUUUAGACACAAUCAAAUCUUCAGUUUCAAAUAAAGAUAUAGAAAAAAUAGGAUGUUACUUAAUGCCAUUUGGAAUUACAGAUUCUUCAUCAAGUCUUGAUACUGGAACCUCUUACUUUUUACAAAAUCCUGCUGAUUUACGGUCUUAUGUAGAUAAAGCACCAAUAAGUUUAAAUAAGGAAGCACCAAUGGAACUCGUUUUUGAAAUGUUUUCUAAACUUGGUUUACGAUAUCUUUGUAUACUUGAUGGAGCAGAAUUCGUAGGAGUUGUAAGUGUAGAUCUUUUUUGA